UUACAGAAAAUAUCAAAAUGGAUUCUCCAUUUCUCCUCCAUCAACUAGAUCAUAAUAUUGUGCUAGAGCACCAAAAACUAGCUUAAACGGACUAUUCAUGGCUAACAAUUUCUCUGACCUAAUUUCCCUUCGUAACAAAUUUUCUAAACAGAGUCAUGUACUGGCUUUCUCAUUUUGGGUAUCUCUAAUCAGGACAGUAAUGAUAUCCAUAAUUGCAGCGUUGAGGGUGUUUCUAGAAUGGACAGACUUAAUGGUUCUGCAAGCCUCACGAUAGUUUCAGACCUAGACUAUACAAUGGUAGAUCUUGAUGGUACUGAGAACCUCGCUCUUCUUAGAUUUAAUGCCUUGUGGGAAGCCUAUUAUCAUCACGAUUCCCUGCUGGUUUUCUCAACUGGAAGGUGACCUACCAUCUACAAACAGUUGAGGAAAGAGAAACCCUUGUUAACCCCUGAUAUAACAGUGCUGUCUGUGGGAACUGAGAUUAUGUACGGUGAAUCAAUGAUACCAGAUAGCGACUGGGAACAGCUUCUUAAUAAAAAUUGGAACAGGUAUAUAGUUACUGAAGAAACAGUUAAGUAUCCUGAACUUAGUUUGCAGUCAGAAACGGAGCAAAGACCUCACAAGGUUAGCUUUUAUGUGGAGAAAGUUCAUGCUUUGAAAAUAACGAAGGCUCUAUCAGAAAGUCUGCAACAGCGUGGGCUAGAUGUGAAAAUCAUUUAUAGCGGUGGAAUAGCAUUGGAUGUAUUACCUCAAGGAGCUGGUAAAGGACAGGCUCUUGCAUAUCUGAUAAAGAAGUUCCAAACCUAUGGAAAACCCCCUCUUUGCACUCUUGUUUGUGGCGACUCUGGAAAUGAUGCCGAACUGUUUAGUGUUCCUAAAGUCUAUGGUGUGAUGGUCAGUAACGCACAGGAAGAGUUGUUGGAGUGGCAUGCAGAAAAUGCAAAGAGUAAUCCUAACAUUAUUCUUGCUUCGGAAAGAUGUGCUGCUGCGAUAAUACAAGCUAUUGGUUAUUUCCACCUAGGCCCAAGCAUAUCUCCAAGAGAUGUUUCAGACUUUUCAGAAUGCAAAGAGGGAAGUUUUAAUCCUGGUCAUGAGGUAGUGAUGUUUUACUCGUUUUAUGAAAGAUGGAGGCGUGCAGAGGUCCAGAAGACUGAGCAAUCUAUGCAGAAACUUAGGCUUUCCUUUUAUCCAUUGGGCAUCAUUGUUCAUCCUUCUGGAUUUGAGCAACCACUUCAUCAGUACAUAGAUGGGGUGCAGAGGUCUUAUGGAGACAAGCAGGGAACACAAUUUCGAGUGUGGUUGGAUCGAGUUUCUUCAGCACAAAUUGGUGUAGAUAUAUGGCUGGUGAAGUUUGACAAGUGGGAGCUGUCCGGCGAGGAGCAGGAAUGCUGCCUGACCACAGUUUUACUUCGUUCAAAGCAGACGGAAGUACCAAAUGGGUUCAUAUGGAUGCACGUGCAUCAGACUUGGUUAGAUAAAUCAGGGUUGGAAGAUCGAACUGCUGAAUAGGUGAGCUGCGCAUUCCCCUGACCGGCUGACCAUAAGGGCUUGUUGUUUGACGGGACUAAGGUAUAUAACUUCAUAUAGGAUAUCGAAUCCCAUCGGACUAUAACUUCAUAUAUACAAUGCCAUACACUCAUGGUAUUGUGUAUCCUACACUUCGUGAGACUAUAUAUCAGGUGCAUGUUUAAGCCUGAUCGUAAGAAUUCUGAUAAAAAACAGAUUUGUAGCCCCAUUGGAUAUACAGAUUAUCGUCCACUCCGAUGUCCAUAUACGAUCAAACAAGCUGGUCCUAUGUAUUUCAGUCCAUAACUUCAAUGAAAUGAACCUUUGUGUCCUCUCAGAUGCAUAGAUUCUUAUUUGGUUUCACAAAGUUGAUACUAUGACCG